AUGGAGGCUCACGCCAUCCUUGGUAUCAUCUCCCUUCAAACCUCCGACUUUCUGAUUGUCGUUACAUCGCGCAAGAAGGUCGGCUCGAUCCUCGGCUCCGACAUCUUCCUUGCGACAGAUUUCCGUGUGCUGCCCAUAUCUGCUGACGCCAAGCGGGCGUUGCUCAUGCGGAACCCGGUCGAAAAGACGCUGCUGGACCUUCUCAAGACACAUCUGUACUCAGCCCCCUUCUACUUUUCCUACACCUAUGACCUAACGAGCAGCAUGCAGCGCCAGACGCGCCUGGCCGAGCAGCUUGGCGGGCCGGAGCAGCUGAACGGCCUGCCGAUGUGGAAGCGCGCGGACGACCGCUUCUUCUGGAACAGGCACCUGCAGGAGCGCCUCAUCUCGCUAUCCGAGACAGAUGCGCGUGUCGCGAGUUUCAUCCAGCCCUGCCUCUUUGGUUUCCUCGAAGUCAAAUCUGCCACGAUCAAUGCGCGCGACUUUAUAUUUGGCCUCAUCGCGCGACGUAGUCGGUUCCGUGCGGGCACUCGCUACUUUAGCAGGGGUAUCGACGAAGAUGGACAUGUCUCCAACUUUAAUGAGACCGAACAGUUCGCCCUGCUCGACCCUCAAGCUUUAGAUGGCAGCAUUCGGCCCGCCAAAGUGCAGGGGAAGCUUCGACUUUCGUAUGUCCAGACGCGAGGAAGCGUUCCCGUCUUCUGGGCCGAGGUGAACAAUCUCCGGUACAAGCCAGACUUGCUCGUGAUGGAGAAGGAUGGCACUCUUGAAGCGGCCAAACUGCACUUUUCGGAGCAGACCUCGUUAUACGGCGACGUCUACAUCGCCAAUCUGGUCAACCAGUCCGGCUACGAGAAACCCGUCAAGGAAGCAUACGAGCGACUUGUGAAGAAGUUAGCCAAUUCGCAAGUACACUACACUUAUUAUGAUUUCCACCACGAGUGCAAUGGCAUGAAAUUCGAACGCGUCAUGGAGCUCGUGCAGAGGAUGAACGAACAAGGGCUCGAGAGCGAUGACUACUUUUACCAAGACGCAUCCAGCUCGAUUCCAAACACCAACCGCCAGCAAAAGGCCGUCCUGCGGACUAACUGCAUGGACUGCCUGGAUAGGACAAAUGUGGUCCAGAGCACAUUUGCACGCGCCGUGCUCAACGAGCAGCUGGCAGAAGUUGGCAUCGUUCAGAAAGGUGAAGGGAUUGAACAGCACGCCGAAUUCUGGCACCUCUUCAGGAAUGUCUGGGCGGACCACGCGGACGUCAUCUCGAAAGCGUACUCCGGCACGGGGGCGCUCAAGACGGACUUUACGCGCACCGGCAAGCGAUCCAAAGAGGGAGCGCUGCAAGACGGCCUCAACUCUUUGAUGCGCUACAUCAAGAAUAACUUCUUCGAUGGUAGCAGACAAGACGCCUACGAUCUCUUCACCGGCGCUUGGAAGGCUGAUUUAGGGCAGCUCGUUGUCGAUGAGCGGACGGUCGUCGUACGGUCUAUGCCAUGGGUCGCCUUCUUCGCGGCCGUCAUGAUUCUUUCCGCUACUUUCUUGCCGCGAGAUUCGGCAACCUCCAUGACUUACUUUGUCGCUGCGUGGAUCGUCAUCGCGAUGGCUGCUGUCCAGUUCAUGGUAUCCCGGGGCAUCGAUUACGUCGACUGGCCGAAGCUGAACAGGCCAGUCGAGGCGCUCUUCUACGAGGGACCGGGGUACUAUUCGGGUCGUAAAGGGCGUGCGAGUGUUGUAGGCCAUGCUGGAAGGAACAUGAAACGCACCGAGCGCAUGAUGUCGGUCACCAAAACGGAGGGCGAGAAGUCGUCGAGGCGAGGCGGACGCAGAGGUGCUUAUUACCAAGAUGACAAACAGGAAUAG